CGUGACGUCAGUCCCCCCCUCUUCCCCCCUCUCCGUCUCACCUGAGCUCUUUACCUGCAAAGAAAACGUCUUGAUGUGCUCUGGCGUCACGCACUCGGACACGCGCCCUGCGCAAAAGGAGUUUUGGAGCCGCAGCAGCAGCAAGAGGUCAGAGAAAAAAGGAGAGAGAGAAGACAUUCCAGCCUCAGUCACUGCAGGCAGCUGAACUGAAUGUACAGUGAUCCAACAAAUAUCUGGAUUCCAAAAAAUAAAAUGAUGGAAGAUCAUUUAGCCGGCGAGCCAUCCAGUCCAGGCUUCGUCCCGGCUGACUACAUAGUCUUUGCGGCCAUGUUGUCGGUUUCCAUGGCAAUAGGACUUUUCCAGGCCCUGAGGAAGGGGCCGAAGGACGUCAGUGCCGAUGACUUCUUCACCGGCGGUCGCAGCAUGCCAGCUGUGCCGGUGGGGCUGUCGCUCUGUGCCAGCUUCAUGUCGGCCGUCCAGGUUCUGGGUGUUCCUGCUGAAGCUCUUCGCUACGGAUUUAAAUUCCUCUACAUGUGCCUCGGCCAAAGUAUCAACUCCCUGCUGACUGCUUAUCUGUUCCUGCCAGUUUUCUUUCGACUUGGCAUCACCAGCACCAAUCAGUAUCUGAAGAUGAGGUUUGGCAGAGGGAUGCAGCUGCUGGGAAGUAUCCAGUUUCUUGUUGCAACGCUGCUUUAUACAGGGAUUGUCAUCUACGCUCCAGCUUUAAUCCUCAACCAAGCUACUGGACUGAAUAUGUGGGUGUCUCUGUUUUCUACUGGGAUCAUCUGCACUGUGUACACCACAGUGGGCGGCAUGAAGGCUGUAAUUUGGACGGACGUGUUCCAGAUCAUUGUCAUGCUCUCAGGCUUCGUGGCCAUUUUCAUCCACGGCACAGUUCUUGUCGGAAGUCCUGCACGGGUGCUGGAGAUCGCCAACAAUGGAUCACGCAUUAAUUUUGACGAUUUUGACGCCGACCCUCGGAGUCGCUACACCUUCUGGAGCCUGUCUGUCGGUGGAGCGAUGGUUUGGUUGUCCAUGUAUGGAGUCAACCAAGCACAAGUCCAGCGCUACAUCUCCUGCAGAACAGAGAAAGCGGCUCAGUUGGCGCUGUUUGUGAAUCAAGUGGGUCUGUACCUCAUUGUGAGCAGUGCAACAGCAUGCGGCAUCGUCAUGUUUGCUUAUUACAACAACUGUGAUCCGCUGAAGUCUGGGAGGAUUUCUGCCCCUGAUCUGUAUAUGCCGUACUUUGUGUUGGACAUAUUCAAUAAUUAUCCAGGUUUCCCAGGUCUUUUCCUUGCCUGUGCAUACAGUGGGACUCUGAGCACGGCAUCCACAAGCAUCAACGCCAUGGCAGCCGUGACGAUGGAGGAUCUGCUGCGACCUCAUCUGCUCCACAUGUCACAGAAGAAACUGAUCCUUGUUUCUAAAGGACUAUCAUUCCUAUAUGGAUUUGGUUGUAUCACUGUAGCUGCUCUGUCCUCCUUCCUGGAUUGGGGAGUUCUUCAGGGAUCAUUUACUGUCAUGGGAGUGGUCAGCGGUCCGUUACUGGGCGUCUUUAUUUUGGGAAUGUUUGUCCCAGCAACAAACAGACUGGGGGCCUUCUCAGGGAUUGCAGUGGGCUUCUGUGUGUCUAUGUGGCUGGCUGUAGGUUCAACUCUUUACCCACCCAGUGAGGAGACCAUGGGUGUCCUGCCCAGCUUCACGCAUGAGUGUAACAUGACCCUGAACAGUAGCUCCAACCAGGACCAACCCUCCAUCUCCAUCUCGCUUCACCGCAAUGACUUUGGGGGCCUGCAUAACUUCUACUCCGUGUCCUACCUCUACUUUGGUGCCAUGGCGACCAGUUCGGUCAUCAUCGUCGGGGCAAUAGUGAGCUAUGCAACAGGACCAACAAAGAUAAGUCAUAUUAAAGAGGGUUUGUUGUGGUGGGACUUGAAAAAAACGAAGGAGGUCCCGUCAGACCACAGCGCUGGGACCAUGUCCAGGAUGUUUUCCUGCCUUCCCUGCACUCCUUGCCAGGAUACAUCUGAGAUCUUGAGUAGGAAUAAUCAGCUAAAGGAACUCAAGGCGGCAGAUAAACCACAGAUUGUCCCUUUGAUGGAUCUGUAUAAAGUCAGAAAUGAAAAGCAAAAACCAACAGAUGAUGGGAAUAUUAAGUCAUUGCCUGGAGUUUAGGUGUUGGAAUCACAUUUACCCCAAAUAGCGUGAAUCAAUCAAUCAAUGAGUAGCAGCAGUAAUAUUUCAGUCGGGUCUUUUUCCUCUUUCAUUCAACACCUUAGUUUGAUAAGUUUUUCUUGUAGGUUCCUAUGCUGUGAUUUAAACCCAAGGGAACUCUUCACACAUCUAUUACAUAACGCAAAUGAAUAGGAGGGGGACAAGCAUAUCCCACAAGUACAAACUUGCAAUGAUUGAUUUAUUAUUGCAAUGUUUCGGUGCUAGAUUUUCAUCCAACGAAUAGUGUGGUGCUGAGCCAGAAACCAACUUAAAUAGAGAGUGGCUCCGACUUUGCCCCCAAUGAACAAACUCUGCAUAGGCUUGGGAGGUAUGAAACAUCACAAGAGAAAAACAGAGACACUCACUGUUAAAGAUGGCUUGUGGUUUUGCACCAAAGCAUUUGCUGGAUGAAGGUCAAGCACUGAAACGUUGCAAGGAUUAAUUUAUCAUUGCAAGUCAGACAGUGUUUUGUACAGGUUCCUAAGCUGCCGUACAUGUGGAGUUACAUUUUGGCCUUUAUUACUGUGCCAAAGAACUGCAAGUAUAGACCGUAAUUAAGUACCACUUGAUGUGAUGAAAGCUUGUCAUCAGGACGUUCCCUCUGGUAUGUUCCCUAUCUGAAACAAUGCACACCUGCCCUUCAGCCACUGUUAGCAGGUCUGUGACAGGUAGCAGGUAAACUGAGUCUGUGUUUGGACAUUAACGGUAAAGCCUCUGCUUUCAGUUUAAUGGAAUGAUCCUCCAACUUUAUAGUUAGUGUUACAUAUAUAUAACGUGGAGGGAUUUUGAGUAAUAGCUUUACACUUUACUAUGUUGAACAUGUUAAAACUGCCAGAAACAUUUUAAUCCACAAGUGUAACUCUCAAAAGAAGAGAGGCGAAUAAAAGUAUUUUUGCUAAACUCGGCCCAUUUGCGACUGUUCAUAUUUAUGUGGCUGCUACUCUUACACUGAAACAAAAUGUUUGUCUUCUAAUUAAAUGUUGAAUUUCUAAGUAAAUGUCACUCUUUUGAUACCUGAAGGAGGUUCUGCUGUCACUCUACAUUUGCGAUGCUGUUACACUGUGGUUAAGCAUUUACUGUAUCCUAUGAUUCCCAGAUGUUGAAUGUAAUUAUUGAAUUUGUCCCAAGACAAAUGACAGUUUUUUGGGUUUUUUUUAGCAGUUUGCCAUAUAAAAUGUGAAAGAAACCCCUUCUGUCUUUUUUCAUGUAGGUUUUCGACUUUUAAACAGCAUUUCGAACAAUGACAAAUAAAAUAUAUUCCACAUUU